AUGCCUCCAGAUAGAGCGAAAAACGCUUGCACCCCUUGCCGAGAGAGAAAGAGAAAGUGCGAUGGCCAGGAACCCUGUCAUAGUUGCGCAAAGGCCAACUACGAAUGCAAAUAUGAUCAUCGCCCUCGAACGAGACGGCCUGCACGGAAGAGUCCUACCGAAGGAUCGACCCAGCCCUCACAGGUGAAACCUACAGUGGCAUCUGAUGAAACUAUCUCAACGCGUUUGUCGGCCGACGUGAAUUCUGCCGCCGUGCUGGCGAAAAAGCUGGGGCUUUCAUCGACAGAGCCCGCGAUCCCCGGGGGUCUACGCCUGUUUGCAUGGAACCUGGGCAUUGGAGAGGGAUCUACCGAGCACCUUGCUCCGUUACCACUUCGCGAGAUUUUGACAGUGGGCGAUAUGCAAAAACUGGCGUCGGUCUACUUCGCAGAAGUUCACACCGCGUAUAACUUCGCGGAUCGUGACCUGGUUGACAUUGCCAUUGAAACCAUUCCCGAACAACAACUAUUCGACCCGGUGCAAUGUGUGUUGCUUGGAAUUGCCGCGCUGGCAUGUCUGUUCAGCCCACAACCGAAGAAUAUUGAGGCGCGGAUUGUGCAUAGCGCUCGUGCUGCCUUGGAACAGUCAACUACUUUGGAACUCCCAUCAGUGGACCACGUAACUGGGUGGCUUCUGCGUGUCUUUUAUCUACGACUCACUAGCUCGCCACAUGCAGCAUGGAUGGCUAGCUGCGCAAUGAUGCAUAUGGUGGAGACGACAAACCUGCACCUCGAGCCAUCCGACACAAUGACGACCGCUACAAACAUAGGUUACACCCCGAAUUCCAGACGACGGUUAUACUGUGUCUCCCAGCUUUUUCACAUGUGGAUCUGUUACGACUACGGUCGCUCGCGAGUCAACUUGCGCGGAGCCUCUUGCUCACUCCCAACAGAAGGAUGGACCGCGGACCAAAUCACAAUAUGGCAGCUAUCCGAUGCCCUGGAUGUGGACAAAUAUUUAGAUACGGCAGAGCUAGAAGACCUCCUUCGGAGAACAAUCGCUUUGAAACUAUCUCAUCCCUUGCUACAGCUGAAGCGCUGUAGUAUUGGCAUGUGCAUAUAUCGCAGACUUCGAGCUUCCGGACGGACGGUAACGAGCGAUGUGAUCGGCCGGGUUCUUCAGCUGGCAGGAGAAGGUGUUGACACGGCAGUGGAUCUGGCCUACAAGCGUUCUCCCUGGUGGCAUAUAGCGCAUGUCCCCUUCCAAGUCAUCUGCGUUCUGUUAUUUAUCGAUUCUCGGCCUUCCCUCGAGGGUGUGAGGAAAUCGUUUCGGGCGUUGCAGGUGAUUUCAGACUGUUAUGUAACAAAUGUUCUGAAAGAGGCCGUGGCUAGCGCAAGCUAUAUUAUCGGCAUACAGUUGCAGCGAAAGAAGGAAGAAUACGAUUUGCUGAACAGUAUGGCGAGCGAUAUUCUCCCGAAUGAGAUGAAUGAUGCUGGAUCACUCGAGCAGAGCUCGUUGAACCCUGAUCUUGGGCUGCAGCCAACUGAUACUGGGCACUACAAUUAUGGAGAAUUUUUGGACCUCGACCAGCUGUUCACGGCCAACCUCUUCGCGCCAUAUGGGUGA